GCACUAGGGGGCGAUAUGCGUGCGUGUUGGUGUGUUUUGUUCACAUCCGUGCGCGCGGUUUUAUGAAUGAGGAGUGAGUGAGUGUGUGUGUUGUGUGUGUUUAUGUAGUCUAGCUUGUAGUUUCUUCUUUAUUUAAUCCUGAUUAGCUGUUUAUUCGCUUUGUGAGGCUGAACUGCUUGAGGAUGAAGGCGGUCUCUGUUAGAUUAACUCUGAUCAGUGAGGGUAACGGAGUGACCGGGAGCUGCUGACCGGUAACAGAUCACCGUAAACUCCUGGUUUAACUCUCUCAGGAACAGCGUUUACUACAGCCGGCUAUAGUCACUCAGGAGCGAGACUAAACUGAGUUACGACUUGAUGUAAUCUCGGUUAUUUACUCGGAUUUAUCACUUUAUUAAAGCACGAUGUCUGCGCUGGUGGUGAAGAGCAGGUGUAAGAAAAGUUCGGUGAGCAGCGGACUACAGUCCAACAUUUCUACAUUUUUCGCCUCAAAGUUGGCCCCAAAAUCCCCCCAAAAAGGAACAGCAUUAUGUUCAGCUACAAGUGUAGAUUCUGAUGUGGUGAAGAAGUCAUUUACCAAGGAGUGCACAAAUAUCCCACUGUCCCCUCUCGCAAUUCCAGAGACGCCUGACCGUUUGACAAAAACGCAGUGCCCAACAAGAACAUCUACUGAAGGUCCUAUCUCCCCUGUCUCUCGAAGCCACUUCUCCAGAGGCUUCAACUGCAAGACCAACCUCAUGGCCAGCAGGUCAAUGCAGCCCCAGGACAAGAAUAGCCCAAAAUCAGGUGACACUUUUGAAGCUCAGAGUGGGUUUAGUCAUUUUGGCUCUGUGAAAAGAUUACUGCAUGAAUCAGAGAAUCUCCAGAAAGCCAAACGCCCUAGAACCAGGCCACCUCAGAAAGAUUCUGAUAAAUACCUCGACUCAACUGGAGAUGACCUAAACAAAGUCCUUCAGGAAAUCCGAGACUCUACGGAUAUAAAAAGGGACACUUCAAAAUUGCAAAAGGGCAACUUAACGAGUGUUAAGAAAACAACUGACAAGAUGCUUUUGCAGAAGAACAUGCCUGGUACAAGUUUAUCUGAGACAAGUACUGGGAAGUUGAUGCCACAGAAGCUGACGGGGUCCAUUUCAAAACUGUCGAAGGGAAGUCAUCAUCAUAAAAGUACCUCCAGUGAAGAUGAGAAGGAGAAUGCACAUCCUUCCAUCACACAGCCAAAGGCAGACAUGGUUGAACUAUCAAGAGAUAAUCAGAGUGAUCUUGUGGUGUCUUACAGUUCAUGGAUGUGUAAUGACAUCGGUGGAAAGCAUGAGAGUGUUUUCAGUUGUCCAGUCAGUGAGAAGAAACCAUUCCAGGGACAUUCUGAGAAUCAUGUGACUAGCAGUGCCAUCAGUGAAAAGAACAUCCCAACCUCUGAGGAUCAAUUUAGUAUUUUGGAUGACAGCUGGUUUGAUGAUGGGAUGGAGGAAGAGCCAAAACAACAGAAGUCCAAACUUGAAAAAAAGAUUCCAGAGAAUGUUGUACUAGCUGCUGGACUCCAUAACCGGUACUGGGUCCUAGAUGUGCAAGAAACUACUGGGUCUAAAGGCUACAGUGAGAAACAUUUGACCAUCACCUUUUCAAAGUCUAGAGAGCCCACUGAGACCUGCAUUCUGAAGGAUGGCUGGGAAUCCACCCCAGUUGCUGUGGGGGACAUAAUUCACCUGGAAGGGGAGAGCUUUUCUAACACAUGGGUAAUUGGCAGAGACUCUGGUUUCCUGGUGCUGCUGCCUGACCUGCUUAUCUCUGGGACCAGCAUUGCUAGCAGCAUCCGCUGCAUGAGACGAGCUGUACUGGGAGAGAUGUUUAAGUCUUUUGAUGGUGGAAGCAAGCAGAUGCUCAAUGGGACCAUAGUUCAUGAUGUCUUUCAAAAAGCUGCUAUGUCCAUGGACUUCUCAUCUGCAAAGUUGGCAAAACUUGCCAGUGAAGCACUACUCAGCCUUAACUACCUCGGACAAAUGUACAGUUUAAAGCUGACUCAAGCAGACAUGAAGCAGGAGGUAGAGGAAUAUCUGCCUGCUUUGUCUGAAUGGGCAAAAGCCUACCUUCAUACAUCCCAGCACGCAGGGAAGAAACAGCUAUCUCUUAAACUUCCCAGUGAUGGACAACUCAGCCGGCAGGACUCGUCCUGCAGCAUCACAGUCACUGACUUUGUGGACAUAGAGGAGAACAUCUGGUCUCCACGGUUUGGUCUGAAAGGGAAGAUUGACGUGACUGCUGGAGUGAGAAUCCAUCGGAAAGGCAGGAAACACAUGGACAAGGUUGUGCCUCUGGAGCUGAAAACUGGCAAGGAGUCCAAUUCUAUUGAACAUCGCAGCCAGGUUAUCCUGUAUACUCUCAUGAGCUCUGAGAGACGAGUAGAUGCUGAGGCAGGGUUUCUUGUCUACCUGAAGACUGGCAAUCUGCACCCAAUAGUGGGCAACCACAUGGAUAGAAGAGAGCUCAUCAAACUGAGGAACUUGUUAGCUCAUCAUGUUGGGAAAAGUAUUGUCAAAGAAAAUGGAAAAAGCCAAAUGGCACCAUUACCUGCCGUCGUUUCUGACCAGCAGACUUGCAAGUACUGCCCCCAGAGAAGAAACUGUGCCGUGUAUAACAGAGCUGUGGAGAGAGUCCCAGGUGAGUGUUCUCCUGAAGACCCUCAGGCAUUCCUGCAGUUGGAAAGUGAACACCUGAGCCAGGUCCACUUGCAAUACUUCAACCACUGGCUGCUGCUCUGCAGCCUGGAAGCCCACACUAUGGAGAGCAAGGGAGGGAGGCGCAACAUCUGGCUGCAGUCCGCUCAGGAGAGGGAGAAGAAUGGCGGCUGCGUGGGGAACAUGGUGCUGAGAGACAAUGUGACUGCUAUCUCUGAUGGUGUGUAUGCGCACUACUUUGAGCGCAGGCCUGGAGAGCAGACACUCAUCAGUCUUGCGGUGGGAGACAGGAUUGCAGUUAGUGAUCAGAACUGCAGGUUCAUCGGUAUAGCCACCGGAUACAUCAGGGGAAUAACCAGUACAGGAGUGACCUGCUCUCUGGAUAAAAAUCUCUCCAAAUUCCCCUCGGAUAUGGUGUUCCGCCUGGACCAGGAUGAGGGAGCAGGAGGGUUGAGCACUCAUCUGGGAAACCUCUCCACGCUUAUGGAGAACACUCCAACAAGUGAAAAACUGAGGCAGCUGAUCGUGGAGUUCAAACCACCCCUGUUCAUCGAGAGCCUCAGCAGUGUUCUGCCUCGAGAGGCCAAGGACACUGUAGCCAACAUUCUGAAAGGGCUCAACAAGCCUCAGAAGCAAGCCAUGAAAAAGGUGUUGCUCUCCAAAGACUACACACUAAUUGUAGGAAUGCCUGGUACCGGAAAAACAACAACCAUUUGUACCCUGGUUCGUAUACUGCAUGCCUGUGGUUUCAGUGUGCUGCUGACCAGUUACACACACUCUGCAGUGGACAACAUCCUGCUGAAGCUGAAGAAGUUUAAAAUUGGCUUCCUGCGCCUGGGCAGAGCUCAGAAAGUGCACCCGGACAUCCUGCCCUUUACUGAGGAGCACAGUCGAGCUCGAGGCAUCCACACACUCGAGCAGCUGGAGAAUCUCUAUAAUAAAGAGCUGAUUGUGGCCACUACAUGUAUGGGAGUAAAACAUCCCAUCUUCAGCAGACGACGCUUCGAUUUCUGCAUUGUGGACGAGGCGUCUCAGAUCAGCCAGCCUGUUUGUCUGGGACCUCUUUUCUACGCUCAGCGCUUUGUUCUUGUGGGAGAUCACCAACAGCUGCCUCCCAUUGUCCAGAAUGCGGAAGCCAGGGCUCUGGGCAUGGAUGAGAGCUUGUUCAAGCGUCUAGAACACCAAAAGGAGGCUGUGGUUCAGCUGAAUGUCCAGUACAGGAUGAACAGUGUGAUCAUGUCCCUGAGCAAUGCCCUUAUGUAUGAGGGCAAGCUGGAGUGUGGCUCAGAGCGAACAGCCUCUGCAGUGCUGCAGCUGCCCUACAGGGAAUCGACAGUGAGGGAACUGGAGAUGUAUGUGUGUCAGCCUCAAUACACCACCUGGGUCCAGGCUGCUCUGGAGCCACAAAAGCCGGUCUGCUUUCUGGAUACUUCCGAGGUUCCUGCCAUGGAGACGGUGGAGAAAGGUGGAGUCAGUAAUCAGACCGAGGCUGUCUUGGUGCAUUCUCUCAUCAGUCUGCUGCUUAAGGCAGGCUGCAAGGCGGGUGACAUUGGUGUUAUCGCUCCGUACCGGCAGCAGCUGAAGGCUAUCUCUAAUCUGCUGGAGGGUGCAGCGUUCACAGCUGUGGAGGUGAACACUGUUGACAAGUAUCAGGGGAGAGACAAGAGCGUCAUUAUCGUGUCUUUUGUCAGGAGCAACCCUGAGGGCAAUCUGGGGGAGCUGCUGAAGGACUGGCGCAGGCUGAACGUGGCCAUCACCAGAGCCAAACACAAGCUGCUGAUGCUGGGCUCAGCCCCCACUCUGCGCCUCUAUGCACCCCUGCAGAAGCUCCUCACACACAUGCAGCAGCAGGAGAACAUGAUAUCCUUUUACAACUGUUACAAAAUUUCAGCUGUUGGAGGAUAGUUCUGUUCAUAUGCAGUUAAGAUAUUGAGUGUUUUAGAAUAACCUAUUUUUGUUUGAGGCACAAUUUUAAAGCCAGGAACAAAAUGAAAAGGGUUUAUUUACUUGUAUCAGUCUUAGAAUAUUGUACAAAUUAAAUUAUAUAAAUUAAACGUUGAUGUGUAUGUGAAGCAAGCACGUUACAGGCUUAGUGAUCAUUGUUUAUAUAAUAUGGAGCAGGACUGGAAACAUCAUAAAAAUUGAUGUACUGUAUUUUUUGCCUUGUAAGGCGCACUAUCAAUAAACUGGUCAGUUUUCAUACAUAAGGUGCACCGGAUUAUAAGGUGCGUUAUGUGACACUAGUAAGGAACAGGGGUGUCACCAUGUUUGUUUUUUGUUUUUUUCGCUAAGUUAAGUAAACAAAACUUUAAUUCUUAAAAAAAAUGAGAGCUGAAUGUUAAUCUACACAGAUUCCUCUUCUAAAAACUGUAUUUAGGUGAGUACAGCACUUCUGUUUAUCUUUCGUUAGUGGCGAAUGCAGUCCGACAGCUGUACACUGAGGAACCCUGAGUGUUCCGGUAAGCCAGGGCGAUAUUACCUAGCGUAACUACGUAGCUUGUUUUGACACGGUAAACCCACAGGCUACAGGCGGAUAAUAUUCAUCUCGGAACGGCAAAAGUGCUAGCACUUAGCGCUGUUAGCGGCUAACGCUAAUGCUGCUCCAGCCUUGGUGCUGUAGAACUAAACUGAUACUCCUGUAUAACGCUGUACUUCAGCGGAGUGGAUUUACUGCUCCUUACACCUGACUGGUACAAUCAUACACAAGGCGCACUGAGGAUUUUUUUGGGAAAAUUAUAGCAUUUUAAAUGUGCAUUAUUGUGCAAAAAAUAGUCAAAACUUUUUUAUACAAGUUAUAAAAAUUAGCAUAUUGUAAUAUUGCACCUGCUACAGAGGUACCAUCUGUGUGCAAUUCAAUCCCAUAAAAGAAUAUUAAUGGGUAAUUUGUAUGCAAAUAGUUUGUUCACUGGGGGAAUAACACUCAUUUUUUGGUUUAUUUUUUUUAUGUAAGAGAGUCUAUGUAGGGUUUAUCACAUCGUAUUUUGCCUUUUUCUCAUAAGCAUAUCAAGAUACGAAGGCUUUUUUUGUCAUAUCCAUCAGCCCUAAUAUGGAGAUGCAUCAUAGUAUUGCCCGAUAACCUCUCUAAACAUGUUCUCCUUAACCUGCACCACAUCUUUCAGCUGCCACCUGCUGCUCAUGAAGCACUGCCAAAAGUCUACCUGUGAUAAGUGCCUGUUCUGCAGUUUACCUCUCAGAUGCUGUAAGUGGGGAUGCUUUUGACUGUGAAACGCCUGUACCUGCAGGCUCUGUGUAAGUGGUACAUGCAUAAGCUAGAGCAAGAGCAAAUAAAGAGAAUACCAGAGGCUACGAGUAUUAUGAGAAAAGUGUGCUUUUUAAUAGUGUCAUAGUCAUAUUCACAAAGUUGUGACUGAUUUUUGCAUACGUAAUUCCUACCUCAUUUGUGUGAGUAAAGUGGGUGAGUGGGAAAGACCUUUUACAGCUUUUGACUUUUCUACUUUAAGACUGUUUUAAUUUUUUUAUGUAAAUAGUAUUGUGAAAUUGUGAAUGCUUUCAUAAAUGUAAUAAAGUAAUUAUUUUAAUU